AUGGGAAAAAGCGUUCAGAUUGCUAAAAUUGGUCGAAAAGGUUUCAACGGUCGCGCAGCCCUGGCUAAUUUGGUUACCGAAUUCUUGGAAAUUAUUUCCCAUACUGUGCUUUUCAAUUAUAGUGGUUAUCCAGCUGAAAUGUUUGAUACUGUCAGCUACGGAGAUAUUUUAAUUCAUAAAUGCAAAGCGAAAGAAGUGCUUGAUUAUGUGAGCAGUGCAUUACAAACAAUUCAUCGAUGGAUAAAGUUCGAUGAACUAUCCCAUUUUGCGGCGUGCAUUCUUGAUAAGGACGACAGAGUGGUAAUGGAGGUCAUGAUAAUCAUUAUGGGUGUGCAGUAUUCUUAUUUCAGGGACGUAUUGAAAAAUGAAGCAGUUGAUAUGAAACGACAGUUCCAACAAACAAUUUUUGCACUGCAGCGUGGUUCAUAUAUCGAGAAUAUGAAAAAUAUCUUUCGAUAUGAAGAAGUACGCUUUGAAAUUCAUACAAAACUUAAAGGCAAUUGCGAAGUAAAACUGAAAAGACGAGCUGGAGAGUCUAAGUGGGAAAAGUAUGACCAGUGUGCACCUGAGAAUCUACGUCCUUGCGGCAGACGAAUUGACAACAAACUAGUUGAGAUCGUUGCGAUGGUACGCCAACUGAAUGAAGCGUGA